AUGAACACUGAAUGGGACGAUGAAGAAGACGACCCAACGUAUAAAGGAGAAAGCACAGUGUUCAGCAGAUUACACCCAGAACAUGAGGCAUACAAGCCUCACAAGCGCGCAGGCUACAACCCAAAAGCAGAGCAUGAUUAUACCUUUAGCUAUCGUCCAGACGACAUGGCUGAAAAUUCAAAAUUUAUCAAAGAGAUUGCCACAGCCGCUAUCGACAAAACGAAACUGCCACACAACAUGGGUAAAUACAACGGCUUGACAGAUCCCGACGAUCAUCUCCAAGUUUUUAAUGGCGCAGGAGCAACAGGUGGAUGGAAUUUACCAACGUGGUGCCAUUUCUUCGCUCAAACCUUCGUCGGCGCAGCGCGCGUUUGGUUUGACAGCCUACCAACAGGAAGGAUCAAGUCAUGGAUCGACUUUCGAGACAAGUUACUCGCGCACUUCUCCCAGCAGCGAAGACACACCAGAGAUCCGGCUGAUUGCUUAAACAUAUGGAGAAAGGACCACGAAAGUGUGGAGGAUUUCAUAACCAGAUACAACAAAGGAUGUCUGGAAAUUGGAGAUGUAGGUGAGAAGAUGAUGCGUGCGCAUUUCAUGAGGGCAGUAAAAUGUGACGAUCUAAUCAAACGGUUAAAAGGAAGGGACGGAGGACCCAAAGAUUGGGAAUCCUUCAUUGAGGCGGCAAAAACCAUUGCGCAAACUGACAAACAGUUGAUCGGUGACGAUAACCGUCAACGCGGGUACAACCAUAACGAUCGCCACAACAAGAAAGACAAAGGCCAAUCAUGGAGAAAAUCCGCACACAGAGAUAGAAGCCCAGUAAAAGAGGACGCGCGCCAUACAAUCAAUCAGAUCGCCCACCGAAAAGAAGUCAAAAGGGAAAACAGAGAAAAACAGUGGAUGCCUCUAACGAAGACCCCUUCAGAGGUCUUGUCAACUGAGAACCACCAGUUCAAAUCACCUAUCCAAAUGCGAAACAAGAGAGGUCAAGACCCAAAUCUUUUCUGCAAAUUUCUUAAAGACACAGGCCACUUAACCGACGACAUCUUCAGCCUAAAGCAGGAGAUCAAAAGGGCUUUAAGAGAUGGAAAGCUCACCCAUCUGGUAAAAUGUGAAAAGCACGACUACCGCCAGAUUCAAAGAAGAGAAGAAGGGCUAGACAACAAAAAACUAUGGAAACUAGAAACCCACAUGGUUCAAGGGGGUCCACGAAGGCCAAGAAAGAAUUACAGCAAGCGCACACAAGAUGACUCAUGGCGUGAAAGACAAGUUGUCUUCCCUGUUGUAAGAGGUGGUCCAAGAGAAAAGAGACCCAUCGUCAUCUCUGGGGUAAUCGGUCAUUAUCAAACCGACUACAUCCUCAUCGACCCAGGGAGCACCGCGGACAUUAUAUAUGAACAAUGUUUCAAUCAAUUUGACCAAGAAGACAAGGCGCGCUUGCAACCAGUUGAUUACCCACUAACUGGUUUUUGCAACGAAGCCGUUUUUCCUCUUGGUCAAAUAUCAUUCCCGGUGCUACUUCCAGACGGAAGGAAUUCAAGAACUAAAGAGGUCAUGUUCAUGGUACAACCAGCACACUCAAGACACAAUAUUCUCCUAGGAAGAGAAUCCUAA